GUUGCUGCUGCAGGAGCCACCCUGCUUCUGAUGCUUACCUUCACCAAUUGGAGAUGGGUACGUACCCAUCCAUAAUCUGGAGGCACUAACAUUUAAUUUUCCAUCUUUCCAGCGUCAACCUUGACUCUUCAAUUUCGACAAGCAAACACCACCAUCGCGACAUUUUGCGCCAGCACUGCUACACAGCGACUCAACACCAUCACGCUAUUGUCGCAGGCCUGCAAACUUCUACCAGGUUUGGGCGAAAUUAUGGCUCCUUCAAAUCAGCCCAUUACGCAGGCUCUCCUCGCCCGGGCGCACUCCCCCGACAGCGCCAACCGCCUCUUUUCCGAAAAGAUUCAGUACAGACCACUCUAUCUCAGACCAAGCUCGCCACCACCACCGUCAAACGCCCGAGAGACCCGUCGCAAGGCCCGUGAAGAAUCAAAAAGGAAACGAAAGCUCAAGCCGAAGCCCCUUUCAGCGCGCGAAAGACACAGGCGCGGCCUCUACGAAGUACCCCGCGAGGGCCAAAAAUACUCCAUUUUCGAACCCCUCCACCGCCUUUGGCUUGGCUACAUUGAAGAAAUACUGGGGUCAGAGCUCUACACAGGCGGCGCCUCUGCAUCGGCAAAACUGAGUGCUGCCGAGUUCCAUGGGGCUGCGGUUGAGGUGUCGCGCAGUUCUUGCCCGAGCAGAGUCGGCAUUCAGGGUAUCGUCAUCAAGGACGGCAAGUUUGCGUUCGAGAUUAUAACACCAAAAAAUGAUAUCAAGAUUGUGCCAAAGGAAGGGACGUGGUUCAAAUUCGAGAUACACGUCAAGGAGCCGGAUACGGAGGUAGCCACACAAGGCACCCCACGCCAGUUCGUCUUCGAGGUUCUCGGUGACCAAUUUCUGAUGCGCGGGGCGGAUCGUGCAAACAAAAAGUUCAAGCCUCACUACCUAAAAAACUUAUGAGGCAUGCACUCGGCGCAUGAUGGACUGCGACAUGCACUAGGCCUGGUUCGUCGACUGAAUGGCUCAAAGAAAGAAGAAAAAAAGGCCGGUAAUUGCUGAAAGCAAGUACGAGUUAAUGAAUUGCGCCUUAAUGCUAUGAACGCGGGGGCUUUUGUAGAAACAAGAGAGCGCAAAGAUAGACGUUCAGUGGAGGGAAGAUGGGGGUCAAAGAAGUACAAAAAUUGUGCCAUGCUCUGUUAAAAGAACAAAAGAAAAAGUGAAGCACUCUGAAUGGUGGAAUUUAACCGCUGAGACUCCCCGAGGUGGGCUCGAACCACCAACCUCCAGAUUAACAGUCUGACGCGCUAGCCAAUUGUGCCAUCGGGGAU